AUGCCAAUGGCUCUGUCUCAAGAGAUCAGAAUGUGUGUUGUGGUCUUGUGCUAUGAACAGCAUAGAACUGCAGCAGAUAUUGCUGAAAUUGUCGGAUGUACUGAACGAACCGUCUAUAACAUCCUCUGUCUUUAUUGCAACUUUGGCCAAGCUAGCAACCCAUUUCAUACGAGCAGCCGGCGUCCACAAACACUCGAUCAAGGAGACCUCACAUACAUCACUUCCAUUCUCGAUGCCAACCCUUCAGUCUACCUUGACGAGCUUCAAGAGAAACUUCUUGUUACUCGCAAUGUGGAG